AUGUCCAGCUUAGCUACCCAGCUGGCAAAAAAUGUCUCCCUCAACGCAUCUCUUCUCGUGGACCGAUCUCGUCGAAAGGCAUCCGCUUCCUAUCUCUUCACUGGGAAAGAUGCGGAUGAACACGACCUGGAAGCAAUUCACGCCCUGGCCGUUAAUGCAUUGAUACAGCUAUCAUCUAUCUGCCCCAGUUUAGGAAACUAUGAAGAUUCUCUUUUCUCUGAAAGGGCUAAAGAAACGGACAGAACAUUGUUAACAUUGGAGGCGAUUGAAGAAUUGGACAAAGCCAUCGAAGAUUUCCUAUGGCUGCUUAGUCCAUAUUUGAUGGAACCAUCCACUGGAAAGAUCAUAGAAUGGCUAGUGAGGAGGUUCCGGAUCAACGAAUUUAAUAUCGAAGCCACAUUGUCUCUCUUUCUCCCAUAUCAUGAAUCGCCGCACUUUGCUAAAAUGCUUACUAUCCUACAACUAAAACCCAACUCUACCUGGAGUUUUCUCAUUCCCUAUAAAUCCGCCGCUCAAAAUCUCCCUCGAGUAUCGUUGGUCACGGAAAUGCUUAAAAAUUCAGACCUCGCACGCUUCGUUGUGUCACUGCUUCCUGCAGCAGUCAAAAAAGGAUUGGGACAUCGUGUCCUCUACGCUUUCAAUGCCGCCACUCUACAUGAUUUCCUUAAACGAAGUAAAACAAUGAGUGAAGGGACAAUGGCAUAUCUUUUGCCGGCACUAAUCGAACCAUUGCAACAGAAGGGGAAGAAAUCAGUGAAAGAUGGGAUCCUUGGAAGUUACAUCCUUCUUGCUACCCUUUCCUCGAAAUGUGAACUUUCACCUACAGCUCUGAAGGCUAUUGCAGGGAUCAUGGCAUCUUGUGCUCAUGUAGUGCAAGCAGACCAGUUUCUUAGUUCCCUUGUAGCAGUUUGCGAGGGCCAACCUGAAUUGGACGAGUUCACUGAUGGGACGCUUAGUGCUAUGCUUCGCAUUUCCGGUUUCAAAGAAGCACUCGCUACAAGCUCAUCUUGGGUAGGCAGUGAGAAGGUUAUUCUUCCCUUAGUGAGAAUGCUCUGCAAAAAAUUGGAUGGUUCCAAUGUGUCAGACAUACUUGAAUCCGUUAUCUUGACAGAGAUGACUCCUUCGUCUAUACUCGAAACAUUGGCCUCUUCUCUUGUGGAAAUUGCCGCAAAAUCAGAAGGAGAAACCCAGAUAUCGCUGUGCUCGCGCCGGCUGCUUUCACUGAUCCAACAACGUCAUCCAGAUAUUCUUGGAAGCGCAGUGGACAAAUUUAGUGAAAACAACCCUUCUUUGGGAGAUACCAUUGAACAGUUGAUUAUUUCUCUAUCAACUAUUGGCCAACUUUCAAAUGCGACUUUACGUGAAGGCAAUGAUAUGCUUCUGGCGUCGGCAGAUUCUGAUGCCAAAGUGCGCAUCAUAGCUGUUAAAGAAUUGGUGAAAUCUAUUGAAGGGAAAGAAUUGUCAAGCAUCGAUAAUAUGGAAACUACUCGAGGUAUUAUGAUCGCUCGCCUACAAGAUUCCAAUGCCAGUGUUUUGGAAGCGUUAUACGCAAAUCCUUUGGCUGUAACCCCAAUUUUCGUAUCAGACUCAAAAGCGUUUUUGUCAUCGUUAUGCGUGGCCAUGGAUUCAGAUUCCAAACCAAAACGCAACCUUCUUCGCCUUCAUUUGACCUAUUUGGCGUCCUCUUUCUGGAAAGCAGUCGAUGCCUCAGUACAAACGGAUAUCUUCCAUCGCAUUUUCUUCCCAUUUUUGUUGUUUUCAAAGCCCAGACAGAAAACUGCGGAACUUGUGUGGGACAUCAUCCAGGAUCACCUUUCUGAAGACAAGGCCCUGGACUGGCUUACGGGCUGUGCCCAGGUAGUCAAAGCAGAGAGUAACACCGAAGGCGACGCCGUUGAACACAUGAACCUCAUUAACCUCAACGUCGCAGAGCGAAUGGCCGGCAAUAUUAUGAAAUCAGAUCGGUUUACUGACAACCUCUCAACACUCCUAAGCAAACUGAGAGAUCCACACCCUCAUACCAGAUUAAUGGGUUACCUUGUCGCCACGUCUCUCGUAAAGCAGCUAUCUGAAGAUCUGCAAGUUGAUGCUGCCCACCAGAUCUUGGCAACUAUGAACCUUGACGAGCUUUCAGGCAUUGAUGAUUCUUCACAAGAACAUCUGGCGCUUAUUUCAACGGAGGAUAAAUCUCUAGGAAAAUAUAUAAUCACCAAACCUAGCAGCAAAACCACACAGAAUUGGAUUCAAAUUUCACUUGUAGCUACCAUCGCUCGCAUUCCACGACCUGCGGAUAUUGUCCUCGACUGGGUUGCCGAGUUAUCUUCUGAGGAUACAGACCUGGGAAGUCGCUACGUCAGACUGAUUAGGUCUAUUUACCAACUCGCAAAUGCAUCAACUUCAAUUCCCGUACUUUCCAGCUCGCUGCUGCAAAUUUUAUUUUUAAAUAUCAAAGGAGAUGCUUUAGCAUUUUUGGCUGGCAUUUGGUCAUCGGGUCGUGUAGAUGAAUACAAGGAUUCAAAGGCCAUCUCUUUGUUACAUGCUGCAGCCUUUUUGGAGGCUCAUCUGCUCGAAGAUGAUGGCUUAGAUUUCCAGACCAUCAUCCCUUCGUUGUUGGUUAUAUUGCAAACAUCCGAUACCAACAUCUGUCAGGGUGCUUUGGAAUGUGUAUCUCGUAUCAGAAUUUUGGCUGAGCGCAAGCUAUCGUCUGUCUAUCUCUUUGAUGCUAUCUAUGGCCACAACGACAGAACUUUGCAAUAUCUCGACCAGGACGAUCUUAAGAAAUACCUAGCUGCUCUAGUUGAACAUCGCGAUCAUUUUGCCAACGAUUCUACUUAUCUUAAAACAUUCCAUGAUCAGCAUCUUGGACGUGUCAAAACUGACAAGAAACGCGACGCUGAUUAUAAGCACCGCAUCGUAUGUUACUUGCUCUCACAUAUCAACGCCCUCUCGUCAGAAUCUGUCCAAAAUGCCCUUUUAAAAUCCAUCGCGACGAUUACCAACAAAGCCAAGAUUGAAAUUCUUAUUCCUACUAUUCAAGCAGUCGUCGAUGACGUGUCCUCUGUGGAAGCGGCUGCCAUAUUCUCUAAACAUUCCGAAGAAUUUUUGACACGCCUCCUAUCUUGCUAUGAUUCUUCCGCGGCCACAUACCUCAACGACACGCCCUCUGCAUGGGCCAAUUUCUCGCAAGUCUUACAGACUUUCUUCCGUACAGGUACUCCAAUCCAGCCUCAGGAAGCCCUUGCGCAUGCCAUUGAAACCGGGUUGUUUGCUUCUCUCAAUCAGCAAAGAAAAUUCUCACUCUGCGAAACACUCCUUGAUGUCGGUUCGCAAGAUUCAUCAUCUCAAUCACUGUCUCGCCGCGUGUUAUCAACUGUUCUCGUUGAUGUACCCCUCAUUACUCACUUGCUUGGAUUGUACACCCCUGUUGGACCAACUUCAAGCCCCCGUGUCAAACGUGUUAAAACGAUGGAAACUCCUGAGGAUGUUCUUCCGCGACUCAGUCUUCUGGUUGAAAUUUUGGGCACCAAAUCUCUCCCUGGAUCGCUUGAUCUUAUCUCCCAUCUUCUUGAUACUUUGAGCAGGGUUGUACAAGUCUUGCCCCCAGCGCAGGCUGAUGUGAGUUAUAUUGAACAAUUGUUAAUGUCUGCCGUGGAAAGUGCUGCAUCUAAAAUCACUGAGGUGCCUAACUUGUCUCCCAGCGUGAUACGUUUGGAUAUUUUGGUCGAGGUUAUUCGAGUAUCUGGAAAUCCUCAAACAUUCCAUCAAGCGCUUCUUCUUAUCGCCAAUCUGGCCCGCCUUGCUCCAGAAUCUGUGCUUUACAAUGUUAUGCCAGUCUUCACGUUCAUGGGAUCAAAUGUCUUCCAUAGGGAUGAUAGCUACAGCUUCAAAGUUGUACAGCAGACCAUUGAUGGCAUUGUUCCUGUCAUGGUAUCAUCACUAAAGGAAGCUCAUACUCAGCCGCUUGAUCUAUAUCUUGCCUCUAAAGAGUUUCUUCGAGUCUUCUCGGAUGCUGCGAACCAUAUUCCCCGACACAGGCGUAACAAAUUCUUUUCUCAUCUUGUUGACGUUCUCGGUGCUCGCGAAUUUAUGGCACCAAUCUGCAUGCUUCUCCUCGAAAAAAUGGCAAAUAGAAUAAUUCGACAGCCUUCGGAGGAAGUCCAAAACUCGCUUUCAUUACCGAUAGCCGUAUUCCAACAUUGCGAUUAUGCUUUGCAACUUCAUACUGCAACUGAGAUCUUGCAGGAAAGCAGACGUAUUGUGGCGCAUAUAGCUGAUCCUCAAUCAAAGCAGCCUAUCUUCUUGGAAGGAGUAACUGAUGGAGACCAUUCAAUUUCGUCCUCGACAAUCUUGAGGAGACGUGCACAAGCAUUGAUUGUCUUCGUUGGUUAUGCCUUCAAGCCAAAACCCACCACUCCCGCUGCAACUGACAGCGGCGUUUCUAUCAGCUCUGUGAUAUCUCAGCUGAUCAUAUUAGCUGUCCUUCCGGAAGGUGUAUCAACUGAAACGAAGAUUGGGGAUGUUUCUGAGGCUGCUCGCGCAACUCUCGGCAGACUUCUUAGCGGGAUGUCUGUGGUCGAUUUCAGUGAAGCCGUGCAAUUGAUGCUUGACUCAGGAGACGUUAAGGUUCAAGCUGGAGCUCUGGAACUUCUUUCAAAGAGACUUCCCGAUGUAUCUGCCAAGAUGAGGCCUACACUCACAAGCUACAUUGUCAAAAUCUUGGGGUCCAUCAAGAGCUUGCUCACUAUUCACAAAGAAGGCCCUCUUGUGGCGCAUGCCUACGAAGCUAUCACUUCGAUCGCUUCUACGAUCUCAUCUGGAGAAGAAAGCCCACUGACGGACUUGCUUCCAUUCGCCAUCUCAGCUUCCAAAGAAAAGGCUCUCGCUCUCCCAGCAUUGGGUGCACUCGCUGCCAUGUCGGUCAAGCUUGGUCCUCGUAUCAUUCCCUUCUUCCGUUCGAUCAUCUCGCUCAGUAUUACAGUCCUUCGGGGAGACGACGGUGCACUUUUCCAAAAUUCCUUCCAAAUACUCAGUGGGUUGCUAUCGACCAUACCUACUUUCUGGGGAAGUGGCGAAGUCAACCAAGUGGUAUUCUUGUAUAUGGAUGAAGCUUCAUCAACUUCCAAAAUAUCACCUGCCGCAUUAUCCUCAUUGACCAAAUCUCUUGCGAAGCGCAUACCUGCUAAGGUACUCAUUCCAAGUUUGUUGGAUAUGUGGCAGUCUCUCCAGGUGUCUGGGAAAUUGGCCAGAAUCUCAGCCUAUUUCUACGUAUUUUCUCGAGCACUGCAACAUGCUGAUCGACCAAUCGUCUUGGAACAUCUUCGCGCUUCUUUCAAGUUGUUCCUUGAAGCCUUGGAUAUUGUCAAAGUUGACCCUGAGGUGGAAUCUCGCGUUAUUGCAGCGUUCAAAGAGCUCGUGGUCAAAUUGAAUGAAACUGCAUUCAAACCGCUGUUCCGUCGUCUGUUCGAUUGGGCUUUUGUCGAAAACACCAACGACGUUGCUCGCAAGGUUACAUUUGGUCAUCUUUACAUCAGCCUCCUUGAUUUCUUCAAGACGUUGAUGGUUCCAUAUAUGUCGUUCCUAUUGCAACCAUACUGCGACAUCUUGGCCUCUUUCACUGCGUCCACUUCCAGCGACUUUUCACUCUGGUCUUCCGUUCUCCAAACCCUCACCCGCGCACUGAACUUUGACGAUGGAGUAUUCUGGCGAGACGACAAGCUCCGGCAAAUCGCGACACCUUUGACCGGCCAAAUCGAAGUCUGCAUCCGGCUGGGCUUCGGCGCUGAAGACGGUAAGACGCAGCUGCAGGACUGCCUCGCUGCGCUCGUCGAAAACGCAACGGACGAUACAUUGCUCAAGACGAUCAAUCUUAAUAUUUUGAUGCAUACGCGGUCGGAGGACCAUCGCGUGCGGCUGUUCGCGCUCACGUGCGCCGAGGCGGUUUGGCGUGCGAAUGGCGGCAAGUUGCUUGGAUUUGUGGGCGAGACUGCGACGUUCAUUUCGGAGUGUGGAGAGGACGAGAACGAUGUGGUCGUCAAGGAGUGCAUAAAACUGAAAGAUGCUGUUGAGAGCGUGGCUGGUGCGAUUGAUGGGCUAUGA